AUGUACGUCUUCAAUUUCUAUCCAACACAUAGUAAAAGUCAUAAGAAAAUUGACUUUAGAAGUGAUGUUGAUGAUCUUGGAUUCAUGCGUCCCUGGUCAACAUUAGAAGAAAGUGGAUGUCAGAAACAAUAUGAAACGUGGUACGCAUCAUAUCUUCCGAUUGUUGUUCGACGAAGAUGUCGAUGGGAGAAAGAGAAUCCGAGGAGGAACAGUCAUUUAUUGCAACGCUUCGUCCGUAAAGGAAUCCCGCACACAUUCCGAAAAGAGCUCUGGUUGAGAAGUUGCCCAUCCCGGAAAGACGGAGUUUGGCAAAGACAUGAAGUUCCAGAUGAGGUCAUCAAGCAAAUCAAGCUUGACCUUCCAAGAACUUUUCCAGAUAACAAGUUCUUGAAAACGGAGACAACCCGAAAAACAUUAGGAAGAGCACUGUUCGCAGUUGCCGAGCAUAUUCCAAGUGUUGGAUAUUGUCAAGGACUUAAUUUCGUGGCAGGAAUCAUUCUCCUCGUCGUCAAUGAUGAAGCACGAGCCAUCGAUCUGUUGAUCCAUCUGGUAUCCCAACGACAAGAUUAUUAUGGAAAGAAUAUGAUUGGACUUCGAAGAGACAUGCAUGUCUUGCAUUCUUUGCUCCGCGAGCACUGUCCACGUGUCAUUGUGACACUUGAGAAACUAGAUGUUGGGCUGGAUAUGUUAGUUGGAAAAUGGUUCGUCUGUUGGUUCGUUGAGAGUCUUCCAAUGGAGACAGUUCUUCGCCUCUGGGAUUGCAUGAUUUACGAAGGAGAUGAAUGGCUUUUUAAAAUCGCUGUUUCUCUAUUCAGAUCCAACAUGAUUGCUAUUUCUUCAUGCGAGACAAUCGAUCAACUGAUGACGGAGAUUCAAAAUAUUGGAACUAGCAAAGCAGCAUUAUAUUGCCAUCAAUUGAUGAUGAAGAGUGCUGCUUUGCCAAUUACCAAUAAAUCUAUCGAAAACCUGCGUGUUGUUGCUGAGAAGGAGAUUCCUGAGUGA